AUGGUGGAGAUUUUAUUGGGUUUCGACCAAAAAAAUGGCAGUUAUGUGCCUACUUUUGGUCCAACUGCCAUUCAUCCCACCGUAGUGUCUGUUUCGGUUUCUAUUUUACUUUUGUUAAGCUAUGAUGCAAACUCUGCUGUAGAUCUACCAUUAUGUCCCAACUUUGAAGGACAGCCAGAAAAAAUCUGGACCAUGGAAACAAUAGUUACAAGUGCCAGAAAAGAAAUACCAGAUCAAGACCUGACACAUAUAUCAGAGUUGACAUUGUGGAUAGAAAUUCUUAAGUCAGGUAUCCAAUUGGUUAUUUCUUUUAACAUAUGCCCUCAAUAUUAUACCAAUUGGUUCCCCUUUUUGUUACACUAUGGGAAAAAGAUAGUCUUUUUCGAAUUUGUGGCUUCAUUUUUGGCCUAUAAUAAUCAAAAGAUUGCCAAAAAUCCAAGUUGA